GUAGCUGAAGGCAAAUUAAAUGAUCACUUUCCAUUGGUGGUGUGGCAGACUGGCUCUGGAACUCAAACCAAUAUGAAUGUCAACGAAGUCAUCAGCAAUAGAGCCAUUGAGAUAAUGGGGGGCACACUGGGGAGCAAAAAACCAGUGCAUCCAAAUGAUCACGUUAACAAAAGCCAGAGUUCAAAUGACACUUUCCCAACAGCAAUGCAUAUUGCUGCUGCCCAGGAGGUUAAUGAGGUGUUAUUACCUGGACUAAAGAAGCUACAGAAUGCACUUGAAGCAAAAUCCAAAGAGUUCUCCCAGAUCAUAAAAAUAGGGCGCACUCACACACAAGAUGCUGUUCCACUUACACUUGGACAGGAAUUUAGUGGCUAUGUGCAACAAAUUAAAUACGGUGUGGCUAGGAUUGAGUCAACCAUGCCAAGAGUGUAUCAGCUGGCAGCUGGUGGGACUGCAGUUGGUACAGGACUAAACACAAGGAUUGGUUUUGCUGAGAAAGUUGCUGCUAAAGUGGCUGAACUGACAGGUUUGCCUUUUGUCACUGCUCCAAAUAAGUUUGAGGCUCUUGCAGCUCAUGAUGCUCUAGUUGAACUCAGUGGAGCUAUGAACACAGUGGCAUGUAGUCUGAUGAAAAUAGCUAAUGAUAUUCGUUUCCUGGGUUCUGGACCACGCUCUGGACUAGGAGAACUCAUCCUGCCUGAAAAUGAACCAGGAAGCAGCAUCAUGCCAGGUACAGAGAAAACAUGCCUGUUUCUUUUGAUUCGGACCACUAACUCUUAA